AUGGCAGAUGGCUCUCUAGUCCAAUCUCAGGGCAUCUGGAAAAGCACGAUCAAAUGGGGAUCCACUGCUGUAUACACGUCAUUCGAGGUUUUUGAUAGCGGAGGCAUGUGGAAAAUGCUAAUUGGUAAACCGUUGCUCGAACAGUUGUGUGCUGUCCACGACUACGCGCAAGAUAUAAUUUCUAUUCCUUCAUAUCCCAAGCCAAGUAUUGUUACUAACUUAUAUAAUUCCCCUUCAGCGCCAAUGAAAGGAAUGCCAGCACCGCCACCCAAACAAAGCAUGCCAAUACCUGUCGACCGCGCAAACGCACCUAUGUUCCUUAUCGCCACCAUACCUGCAGAUGUUAUGGAUACACAAGCUGUAUCAGCUGAAGAACAACAUGUGUUCGAGUUGUCAUCACACCUCACACAGAGCCGAAUAGACGAAUAUACUGCAACUCUGGCAAAGAUGGGCGCACAUAUAGUGGUAGCAAGUAACCGGCCGAAGAUAUCCAUGGUGACCGAGUCUUCAACGUUCACCCCAUGCUCACCUAGUAUUGCAACAGUGAGUCCUUCCGUGAGAGACGACACCAGCAAGGAGAACAACAUCUGGCCAAUACACAUGGACGCAAGCGAGCACCUGGGGGAAAUCCCCAACUUUCCUAAGACGACACAGAAGAAUAAUGUAUAUACUCGUAAUUCGGACCCAUUCAACAAAGACCACAUAGCCGAGGUACUCAAGUCUAUCAUGAUAGGGGAGGAUCUAUCCACGGAACAGAGACAACAGCGCGCAUAUCUUUACGAACGUCUCAACGAACUUGAGUCAGCGGGCAUAAUACGUCGUAUCGCACCAGAGGAAGUCAAGGCUGCAAGUCCAACGGUGCUGGCCCAGAAAGCACACGGGUCUGAAGGUCUACCGUUUGAAGAGUGA